AGAUUUUGGACAAAUUGGGAGAUUAGGGGCCGCUUAUCAGAGUAGAUUUAUUGUGCCUUGUUCAAGGCCAGGGUGAAAAUACCCUACGGGCUUGGGGAAGGGGGUCAUGGGACUCCCAAAAGGAUUACCUUGAACUGGAGUCAUGAGACUGAGGCGAACAAAGAGCCUGCUCACAUGCUCAUCAUAUUAGCCGGCCCUCAUAAAGUGAACAAGUGUCAUGUCCUGUGGGAUUCAGUCAGGCUGCAGCAGCAGCAGCAGCAGCAGCCCGCUGGCCAGCACGUCUUGAGAGGCAACUCUGCACGCUGGGACCCACCUGUCUAUGCCCAGCGAGCUUGGAUCGAGAGGACGUUUCUGAAGAGAGAAUGUGUUCACAUCUUCCCUACCAAGGACCCCACCAGAUGUGCAUGUGGUCAGCUGACUACGCAACACGUGGCCAUCCCUCCCGGCGCCAACUCUCUGGAGGAGGCUCACCAGCUAGUGCAGAUCGACACCCCGAAGGACAAAUGGAGCUUGAUCAAGCACACGAGGACCUACCCCACGGACGCCUUCGGUGUGAUCGAGUUCCAGGGCGGAGGGUUCAUCAACAAGGCCAUGUACAUCCGUGCCUCCUUCGACACAAAACCCGACAACCUGCUGCAUCUGAUGGUGAAGGACUGGCAGUUGGAGCUGCCCACCUUGCUCAUCUCCGUGCACGGGGGCCUCCAGAACUUCGACCUGCAGCCCAAACUCAAGCAGGUUUUCGGCAAAGGCCUGAUUAAAGCCGCCGUCACCACGGGCGCUUGGAUCUUCACUGGCGGGGUCAACACCGGUGUGAUCCGUCAUGUGGGAGACGCCUUAAAGGACCAUUCCUCCAAGUCCCGGGGGAAAGUGUGUGCAAUCGGCAUCGCCCCCUGGGGGAUCCUGGAGAACAAAGAGGACCUCAUCGGGAAGGACGUGACCAGACCCUACCAGACCAUGGCCAACCCUCUGAGCAAGCUGGCCGUGCUCAACAACAGCCACUCGCACUUCAUCCUGACCGACAACGGCACGUGCGGCAAGUAUGGCUCCGAGGUCAAACUGCGGCGCCUGUUGGAGAAGCACAUCUCGCUGCAGAAGAUCAACACCCGUUUGGGCCAGGGCGUGCCGCUGGUGUGUCUGAUCGUGGAAGGAGGCCCGAACGUUAUCUCCAUCGCCUUGGAGAGUCUGAGAGACGAGCCUCCCAUUCCGGUGGUGGUGUGUGAUGGCAGCGGGCGCGCCUCCGACAUCAUUUCCUUUGCACACAAGUUCUCAGAGGACGGAGGGCUUGUCAGUGACGACGUGCGAGACCAACUCCUGGUGACCAUUCAGAAGACCUUCAACUACAGCAAAAGCCAGUCGCAGCAAAUCCUGCUCAUGGUGAUGGAGUGCAUGAAGAAGAGGGAGCUGAUCACAGUUUUUCGAAUGGGCUCAGAAGGACAGCAGGAUAUCGAGAUGGCCAUUCUUACUGCCUUGCUAAAAGGCACCAACGCUUCAGCGGCCGACCAGCUCAGCUUGGCUCUGGCCUGGAAUCGAGUGGACAUCGCUCGAAAUCACAUCUUUGUCUACGGACAUAAUUUACCUCCCGCAGGCGCCAUCACCCACACCACCACCAUGGUGGCUCACGCCCAGGAGAAGCAGAAGAGUCCUGCUUGUGCCCCUCGCAACAAGAACCGAGCCAAGAAGGGGAAGGGCAAAGGGAAGGCGAAGCCUGAACCUCCAGAGGAAACUGAUCCAAGGAAACUGGAGAUGAUUCGUUGGGUCAACUCCCUGGAACAAGGCAUGAUGGACGCUCUGGUGCUGGACAGAGUGGACUUUGUCAAGCUGCUACUGGAGAAUGGCGUCAAUAUUCACCACUUUCUCACCAUUCCUAGACUGGAGGAGUUGUACAACACGAAACUUGGCCCUGCUAACACUCUGCAUGCUGUAGUCAGAGAUGUCAAAAAGGGCAACCUCCCCCCAGACUACCAGAUCACCCUGAUUGACAUCGGCCUGGUGCUGGAGUACCUGAUGGGCGGAGCUUACAGGAGCAAUUACACCAGGAAGGCUUUCCGCAACCUCUACAAUAACUUGUACGGACUUAAAAGGCCCAAAGCUCUGAAGCUGCUCGGCAUGGAGGACGACGAACCUCGGACCAAAGGCAAGAAGAAGGCUAAGAAGAAGAAGGAGGAAGAGGUGGAGAUCGACGUGGACGACCCGGAGGUGUGUCGCUUCAAAUACCCCUUUCACGAGCUGAUGCUGUGGGCCGUGCUGAUGAAGCGCCAGAAGAUGUCGCUUUUCCUCUGGCAACGUGGCGAGGAGGCCAUGGCCAAGGCCCUGGUGGCCUGCAAGUUGUUCAAAGCCAUGGCCCACGAGUGCUCCGAGAGCGAGCUGGUGGACGACAUCUCCCAAGACCUGGAGAACAACUCCAAAGAGUUCGGUCAGCUGGCCUACGAGCUGCUGGACCAGUCGUACAAGCACGACGAGCAGGUGGCCAUGAAGCUGCUGACCUACGAGCUGGUCAACUGGAGCAACUCCACCUGUCUGAAGCUGGCCGUGGCCGCCAAGCAGCGAGACUUCAUCGCCCACACGUGCAGCCAGAUGUUGCUCACCGACAUGUGGAUGGGCUGCUUACGGAUCGGCAAGAACCCAGGCCUCAAGGUCAUUUUGGGAAUCAUUUUUCCUCCACUGAUUCUGCUGCUGGAUUUCCGCAUUGGAGAUGAUGCGUCCUACAUUGCACCUGCAGGCAAAGAGGAGGGAAAAGACAAAGACGACGACAACAAAUCUAGCAAGGACCCAAAUGAUGCAACUUCCCGCAAAGGCGACGAAGAGGAAGGCAGCGCCAAUGUCCGCAAAAUCCCCAUCGGCAAAAGGUUCUUUGAGUUUUAUGACGCCCCCUUCACCAAGUUCUGGUUCAACACUAUCUCCUACCUGGGCUACCUGAUGUUGUACAACUACAUCAUCCUGGUCAAGAUGGAGCGAUGGCCGUCCGUACAAGAGUGGACCGUCAUCUCUUACAUCCUCACCCUCGGCACUGAAAAAGUCCGACAGAUCCUGAUGUCCGAGCCCGGCAAGCUGAAGCAGAAGAUCAGCGUGUGGAUGGAGGAGUACUGGAACAUCACAGACAUGGUGGCCAUCGCCACCUUCCUCAUGGGCCUCAUGCUGAGGCUGCAGCACGAGCCCUACAUGGGCUACGGCAGAGUCAUCUACUGCAUCGACAUCAUCUUCUGGUACAUCCGCGUGCUGGACAUCUUUGGAGUCAACAAGUACCUGGGGCCUUACGUGAUGAUGAUAGGAAAGAUGAUGAUCGACAUGAUGUACUUUGUGGUCAUCAUGCUGGUGGUGCUGAUGAGCUUCGGGGUGGCCCGCCAAGCCAUCCUUCACCCCGAUGAGGAGCCAACAUGGCGCCUGGCCAGAAACAUCUUCUACAUGCCCUACUGGAUGAUCUAUGGAGAGGUUUUUGCGGACUCUAUAGACCUCUACGCCAUGGAAAUAAACCCUCCAUGUGGAGAACAUUUAUACGACGAAGACGGAAAGAAGCUGCCUCCGUGUAUCCCCGGCGCCUGGCUCACGCCCGCCAUCAUGGCCUGUUACCUGCUGGUGGCCAACAUCCUCCUGGUCAACCUGCUCAUCGCCGUCUUCAACAACACCUUCUUCGAGGUCAAGUCCAUCUCCAACCAGGUGUGGAAGUUUCAGCGGUACCAGCUGAUCAUGACCUUCCACGACCGCCCCAUCCUGCCGCCGCCGCUCAUCAUCUUCAGCCACCUCUACAUCCUCUUCAGCAGGCUCUUCCGGCGCUGCGCCCGCAAGAAGCAAGACGGGGAGCUGGACGAGAAGGACCGCGGUCUCAAGCUUCGACUGAAUCCCGAGGAGCUAAAGAACCUCUACGAGUUUGAAGAACAGUGUGUGGAGGAAUACUUCCGGGAAAAAGAGGACGAGCAACAGUCCUCCAGUGACGAACGCAUCAAGGUGACGUCAGAAAGAGUGGAGAACAUGUCCAUGCGUCUGGAGGAGGUGAACGAGAGGGAGAACACCAUGAAGGCCUCCCUGCAGACGGUGGAUCUGCGCCUGGCCCAGCUGGAGGAGAUCCACGGUCGAAUGGCGGUGGCCUUGGAAAAACUGGCCGGAGUGGACCGCCUGGAGCUGACCAGGACUUACUCUCGCAACUCUUCAGUGUGCGACCCUUCCUCUCUGGUCCGCCAAGGGAGCAUCAACAGCGCCGACGGUUACAGCCUCUACCGCUUCCACAUGGACAUGGAGGAGUUCGCCUCCAAGCAGAAGGACGCCGAGGAGCCGGCGAAGAACGUCCUGGAACGACAGAAGAGUCUUCGCCAAGCCUCCAGCACCUGCGCUCUCAACGCCAAGGAGGGCGCCCAGACUUUAGAAGUGGGAAGCUUGAGUAGAACACGACCUGGUUCUUGCGUGGACAUCCUUAUAUCUCCGUGUGAAGCCAAGCCGGUGUCCAGCCACGACACUUCAACCAACAAGGACGUCCGAGGAAGCUCGUUGGACAUAAUCGCCGACAAGAACCGACUGAAACCUUCCUCGCCCCCAAAAAGGACUAAAUCCCUGAGACACUAUCCAGUCGAGGACCAGUCCACCUCUCCUUUGACGAAGAAGCGCAGCAUGAGUAUCAUUGUCAUCAGCCCUCCUGAUGAACCAGAGGAACCACCUGAGGCCAGCAAAAAACUCCUUCCUGAGAGCUCCGCCUCUCCAAAAAGGACAAAAUCUUUGAGACACGCCCCGGUCCAGACGUCCCCUCUCACCAAGAAGAGGACCAUGAGCAGCAUCGUCUACGCUCCAGCUGAGGCGGACGACGACAUUCUCCACGCUCAAGACUACACGUCCCUGGUGGAGCAGGUGGCCAAGACGCCAAACCAGUGGCCGGCCAACCUGGAGUACAAAGUCCACGCUGACGGUGUGGGUCACGCCCCCAAAGUGUCCACGGUCAGGACCGCCAUCCAACAGUUCCACGCUUCCACAGACGGUGCAGAACUCACUAAGAGCCAGGACGGCGAGGGCGGUCCACUUGGGGGGGAGCUCGCGGAAGAACAGACAAAGACGAAGGUGAGGAGAAACGUGUCGGACGGCGCUCGGUACCUGGCGGUGGAAGGGGACCGGUACCCGCCGACGCACAGGUCGCAGAGUUGCAACGCCACAGACAGGAAGGCGAGGAGCAGGAGAGCCUCCGGCAGCGAGAGAGACCUGGUGGACGCCUGCAAGAUGGAGGACAGCACAGCUGAGGAGAAAUGAGAGAGAAACCACCACAAUGGACGUCAUCUGGACCUCCACAGGUCACAGUCCAUAUAGUUACCUCCACUUACAGGAUCGUUCCCAUCACCUUGUGGUACCACACCGCUCCACUUAAGCCAGGGGUCGGCAACCCAGAACGUUGAAAGAGCCAUAUUGGAGCAAAAAUACCCCAAAAAAAAUCUGUCUGGAGCCGCAAAAAAUUUAAAAAGACAACAUAUGAUAUAAGUGUCUAUAUUAGAUAUAGAAGAUGUCAGGUUCAAACACUGAUGACAUCUAUUAAACAGACAAAGAAGCAAGGAAUCAAACAGACACAGAAUUAAAUUUGGCUCAAUUGAGGAGAAACGUCUGGGCUGUACUCUUGUACCGCUCUGACGAAAGAUUAUACGCCUCCUCUUUGAUUUGGACUUUCCGUGAAUACAUGGCAACAGCUGUUUCUAAAGGGACGGGGGUCGUAAACAGCCGCCGCCUUUGGUUACAAAACAGUUCAAAGAAAAGGUCGUAAACAGCCAUUGCCCUCGGUCACAAAACAGUUCAAAGAAAAUGUCGCCUGGAGGAGGGUCAGGCCCUGCCUCCUCUCCGCUUUGUAGAUCUCGGGCUAAGACAAAAUCUUCCUGUGGAUUACAAUACAUCAAAGAAACCAAGGCCUUCAUGUCGCUUCCCAUCCUACACAGUGGAGUUUUACAAGCCUUCUGAUUGGUAGGAUCAAAGACAGCUUUUGUCUGCUCGCCGGGCGAGCUGAACUCAAUGUAACACAAAGUUUUGUGAUAACUUAGAUACAAUUAGUCUGACGUUAGCCUACUAUCAAAAUGACUAUGUGUCGCAGGCUGACACAAACCUUCGUUGACAGAAAUGUUGAAAUUUUACAUUUAUUCUACACGUUUUUACAACAUUGGAAAACAUUAGUAAAACGGAGGCUUUUCAGAAGGUGAGAUAACUCCUUUAAAUGACUGCCUUUUAAUGGCCAAAGGUAUAGAUGUGUGUGUCCAGAUUAAAGUAAACGAUAGGCCGUCUUCUUCUAAUGGAUUUAUUACAAUCUAUGCAAACUGGGUAAUGUUUGCUGUGGUCUGGAACAACAUGGCACACAAACCACUAUCAGAAAUGCAGGCAAUAUUACAUACAGAUAAUGUGUCAUGAGACAUGCAGAUAUAAAUGAAAUACACAGAGGACAUAAGUAAAUGAUGCAAUAUGUACAUACAGCUAGCCUAAAUAGCAUGUUAGCAUCAAGUAGCCUGCAGUCAUGCACUGACAAGUCAAUGACAUCAACAAAGUGUGCAUUCACGCACGGCAUAAAAGGUUUGGUGGACAAAAUGAGACAAAGAAUGAGUGGCAUAAAACACGUCUUUCUCUGGCGUCGUUGAAGAAAGUUGUAUAUGUAAACAAACUACGAUGUGUUCAAGGACCGCCAAAAUUAGUAGGACAAAACGGCGCUCGCCAAAUAGUCUCAUCAGAGAAUCAUGUUUAAUAUAAACAUGAUUCUCUGGUGGGAUUUCUAAUAAUUAGAGAGGUUUGUGUCAUGUUGUCUUCCUACAGAAACCAUAUUAAAACUAAAAUAUAUUCCCCCCCCCAAUCUUUUUCUAUUUUCACACAUUUUUGAAAAAGCUCCAGGGAGCCACUAGGGUGGCGCUAAAGAGCCGCAGGUUGCAGACUUAAACCCAGCAGGAACAAUAUCUGAUGAAAGAGUGUGACGUUAAAAUAAUGUGGAAGGUCGCAGAAAGUAAGAGAUGAUACUAUGAGAAGUCAGAAUGUUAGGAGAAUAAAGUUGUCAUGAGAGAAAACGUGGUAAUAUCCACCAAAAAGAUUGAAUAUCAACUAAAAAAGUCUUCAUGAUACGACAACAAAGUCCUCGUUACCACAAAUUAGUCGUAUUGUUGCCACAGUCAAGUUGAAAUGUGUCAGAAUAACACCUUUUUUCACAUAAUAUUCUAACUUUUUAAACUUUAUUCUGGUAACAUUACCACUUUUUCUACAUUAUGACUUAACUCUCAUAACAUUACGAUCUUUUAUCUCAUUACGACUGUAUUCUCAAAACUUUACAACUUUUUUUCAUCAUGAUUUAUUACUCUGAACAAGAAGGCUUUUUCUUCAUUAUGACUCAACUCUCAGAACAUUACGGUUUU